CAAUAGAGAAUAUGGAAUGAGAUGAGAUCACAGCAUCAGUCUGUCCUUUGUAGAUCUGGACAAUGAUCACAGAGCCAGAUUGGAUUAGUGAAACCUAUUUACCAGAAGUUCAGAGCGGUUGCAUGAAGCUGAAAGGCAGUCAGGAGGGAGAGGGGGAAAAUGCACCAGAUUUACAGCUGCAGUGACGAAAAUUUAGAAGUUUUCACCACUGUGAUUUCAUCCAAAUCAUGUAGUCCUCCUGCCCGAAGACAAGCCAAAAAUACGCAGCACAUCCUAACAAAGAGUGUGGUAGCCCCAUCCGACCGCCGUCCCCACGGGACAGAGAAGGUGCAGCCCCACGAGCGUGACCUCCUGCGGGCGCUGUGCAGGGAAGACGAGGCGCGGGGCUUGCGGAGCGGGCAGCGGGGACCCUGCCCCGCCAAGGGCACCGCUGCCCAGCACGUGGGAAUUACUGAACGAGAGUCAUCCAAGUCCUAUAAUCACCCGUUGGAUGGAAAGUCUUUGUUCCCACCAUCGCCAGUUGCCCGUAUCACAGGGAAAGCGGCGGCUGUCACAGGCUCGCCCGCAGGCGACGGCACUCCUACAGACCUUCACGGGCAGCGCUGGAGGAAGACGGCAGAGCACGACCUGACCCUGCCACCGGGAGCAGAAGCUUCCCUACCGCUGACGGGAGGCAGCCUGUGCGGGACCCCCAGCCUCCUGAGGAAGAUGUGGAUGAAGCACAAGAAGAAGUCGGAGUACCUGGGGGCAACAAACAGCGCCUUUGAGGCGGACUGAUAGGGCUCGGCGUCACUUGGGAAGACAGAGGGUCCGCUAGCCAGGACAAGGUGCUCUGGGAUCCAUGAGGGAACAGACACCGUGCAGCUCAUCCAGGAAAACAAUAUCCUUUUCAUUACUUGACGCCAUCACCUCAGAGCGAUUGGAGAAAGGCUAAGGUAAAAACGGUGGAUGCGAUGCAACUCACUGGCCUUUCUUUGUUGCAACUGACACAUUUAAGGUGAAGAAUUAAUUUGGUAAGGAAAGCAGUAUACUAAAAUCCCAAGUAUCCCGCUCGACUUACGUCUUGAUUCCACGAUGCUGAAACUACUGCUGGCCCAUUCAUCAUUUGACACGUCCUGUCUGAAUCAGCUCGGACUUGCAACAAGAAAAGCCUGCCAGGCAGUUUGUGUAUUCCUGCAAGGUAACAGAUCGAUUACAAGGUGCCAUUAAAUCCCAGGGGCCUGCUCAUUGUGUACCACUGCUUGUCUUCUUCCCCCUCUCAUAUCAUGAGAUGAUCACAUCUUAUAUGCUUAGUUGAAUGACACAUUAAACAUUUUUUUUUUCUUCAGUUUUGAAGCUUCGAGAUGGAAGUAAAAGAUGCAAAAAUUUUAAAAGAAUGAGUCAGAACUGAGCAAGUUUGCAAACACACAUUUACCAAACUUUGCUACGUGACAAAUUAUUGGUGUUUCAAAGCAGUCAGUUGCCAGAUCAAACUGUGAGUAAUUGGAUAACCUCAGAAGAUACUUUCUUCCAUAGAACCUGCUUAUACGUUAAGUGCUAGACAGCAACUUACUCUCUACCUAUGUGGUACAGGUUAUUUCACUAAGCACACUGUUGUGGUUUGAGCUAGGAGGAAAAAAAAUAUGAAAGUGGUGCAACUAGGUGACUAAACAUGAGAUAUUUGCAUAUAAGAGACCUGUGCUUAUGAGAGAUGGAUUUAAUGGAAUUUGCUCAAAAAUUCUUCUUAGAAUUUUUUUCCGUUUAGAAAUCGCUGGUCAUGGGCCCUUGGGAUUUCCUCUCCAAAAAAAAAAAAAGUUUUACGAAAAAGGUUUCACCACUGUUACAGACAGCAUUCUGUUAGUCAUGAACAGUACUUGCCUCAUAUGAAUGCUCCCCUGAUUAUUGUAAAAGCCUUUGGUUUGCCUAAAGACAGAACUUUAAAUAUAAAACUGGAGGAAGCGUAUCUCCUGUUGCUCAUAGUAAUGACGAUCUCUAAUCUAACCGCCAGUGCUCCAAAGCAUAAAUUAAAAUUAAAGGUCUUGCCCCAUGACAGAAGCAGAGGAAAGAUGCUCCCGUCUGAAACUUGCUUGCCUGCAGCCAGUGUAGUAAAACACACCAAGGUGCCGUCAUACACGGUGCCACGGUACCAAGGUGAGGAGGCUCCAGAGCUGAGAACCCACCUGAGGUCUGAACCGUAUGUCAGCAGCAUUAACGGCGAUUACAGCUCCUUCCCCACCUACCACAACCACCUGGGCAACUUCUGCACUUGGGGUACCCGCUGACUUCGUCCACUGCUUGUGUUAAGAUCAUCUACCACCUGGACUCGGAAAAAAAGCAUAUUCUGAAUUUCUCUACAGCGCAGGACUGAGGAAGCCUUUGGACUGCGGCUUGCAGAGCUGCAGGCUGGGGCGGUUACCCCCACUCAGGGGUCACCAGCUCAGAGGUACCAGGGUACCGCCUGGAUGGGAGGGAAAGGCUGUGAAAGCAGCCGGGUCCUCGGGAUUUGGUGUGAGCGGGGCUGGAGCAGCACACAGGAGAGGUUCGCAGCUUGACAACCUGAGCAACCGUAGUUCCACGGGAUAGGAAAGCAACUAGAGCGGCCUGCUAGCUCUGCAGAGCAAAGUCCCCAGUGGGUCCAAGGAGGGCAGCAGGGGACACCUGUGUGGGGCUGGGCGUGCUGAGGGGGCAGUAGGACGGGGAAAGAAGUUCUCAUUUAAAAAGUGACUAUGGCUUUCCAUAUGGCCAGAGCCAACUCAGUCCAGAAUCUGCCAAGGAGGGGAGAGGCACUAGCCCUUCAUAAAAUAUGUCAGUCAUCAUGCUCAGCUGUCCAUCACUGCUUUGGUCAUAGGCUUCUCCUUCAGAGGUGCUCAACAACUCACAGAGGACAGCCUUGCAGCUAGAAAUCACACAGACUCUCCCCUUUUCCUUACCGAAGGCAAAAGUCCUUCUCUGUCCCAGCAGCCUGACAGAGGGAUGAUUUGCUCUCCUGCUUUUCUUUCUUCCUCCUGGGAAAGAAGACGACAGUCCCUCAUUAACCACAGGCUGAAAGACACCAGCUGCUGGAAAGGCGAGGAGAAGAGGGAAUGGAGGCCCAGUAUGGAUCAUGUGUCUCCAGCCACGGCGUGCAAAAGCAACGCCGAUGCCUGCUGAAGGCUGCACACCUAAACAGCACCAGAGCAGUCUUCUCACAGGGGUCCACCCCCUCUUUUAAUUGGAGCCUGACACGUUGCCCCCGUGUAAUUGUCUGGACACCAUGACCCUGCCAAAACCAGGUCCUCCAUGACUGAACCGAGCUGGAGCCAUGGCCAAGAUUUUCCUGAAACAUCUUUUACAAAUAUCACCAACCACACUACAGCCCGCUCCCCAGCCCAUAGAAACCCUGACACAAGCCUUGGCCUUGCAGGCACAUGCUAUUUUUACGCAUAUAGGUAAACCUAGUAAACUCAGUGGGACUACUCUCUUGCACAGCAAUGCAUACAUUCAAGGAGUAGGGAAAACAGUAACCACCAGUUCCCUUUUUUCAUCUAAUUUCCUAAGCAAAGCAAAAAUAAAGAAGAUGGACAGAACACUGGGAAAAGUCUAUUUGCUGGAUUUGUGGUAAUUAAGAGAGUAUUUGUGGUACUUGCCCUUGUAGAUGAUGUGACCCAUAGAGCACAGCCCAGGGCAGCAAGAAUUUUGUCUGUUGAGAAAGCUGUAUCGUAGUGUUUCAUUUGUUAAUUAAUAGUGUUAAGCAGUAUAAGGAUGGAGGUAAAGAGGAGAUGAUUAACGUUUCUACCUAAUAAUUUCUGUAUUGUGAAAUGAGUAUUUAUGUUUUUCUUAUUUAUUUAAUUUAUAAUUUGGAUCUACAAGAGGAGGAGAGAUUUACAAGAAGCAUAUUUAAUUUCUCUGUAUUCCAGAAACAGCUGUGGAGAUUUCUUGUACUGUAGUAGAUACUUAUUUUAUUGACUCAAAUAAAAUAUGUCCUAUUCAUAAAAAAAAAAAAAUAAUA